AUGACGCCGAUGGAGGGCGACACUGGACAGAAGGCCAUCAUGCCAAAAUACGAUAGGCCCCGCCGGCUGGGAGAACCUUUUGCGCCGCAUAAUCACACCCGUUUCAAGACACAGCCAAAUGAAAUCCGUCUUCAUUUCGGCGUUGAUUCUUUCCCCCACAGAUUGACGGCAACCCUCAUUUCCAAUGCCAUCUGGACACACCGGGAUACCACGGCCGUCGGACUUUGGAUACGUCGAGUCAUGGUGCCGAUGGGAGAGGGCUCCGCUGUCCUGCCGGUCUUGUUUACAACCAGGUCGUUCAUUCAGUGUUCACAGGCACGUAGCAGCCUGCAACAGGGUGCACUGCAACGGCUUCGACUCGCUUGGCUUGGAUCCACUCCCCUGACGCGCCGAGCAUUGAGCGGUGAGGCCGAUCCAGCAUCGACGUCAAAGCGACGCUUUCCAUCCCUGACACAGCGUUCUUUGUUCUUUUGCCCCUCCCCUUCCUCAGAUGCAAACUCGAGUGGAAUCGUCCUCGCCCUAGGUGGCAACGGGUUGUAG